CGCCAACCAAGUCUUUUACGCGACUCUGGGUUGGCUAACUUCUUAAGUUCCCACGUACAUACCUAUCCUUCAGCCAAAAUGGGUCGCGACGAUAAUGAAGACCGGUCCUUCAAACGAAGAAAGAUCGAUUUCAACCCACUUCGCUCCGAUGACCGCUUCUCAGAUCUCCCGUCGCGCACGCCACACAAGGGCCCCAGAGGUGCCAAUGGCAACAAUGGGUCCUUCAACUCCCGAGCUUCAACUCCACGAGUCGGAUCCAGGUAUAGUGGCGGAGAGACACCUCGGCAGAAAGAGUUUGACGGCCCCGAACCCGGCGUAAACGACGACGACGCAACCAAUGCCCUCGAUCGGGACUGGUACGGCGGUGACGAUGACCUUGGCGGCCACACGUUUGGCGAUGACAGCCACAAUCCCUUCGGCGAUGAGGGCGCUUGGGCAGCCCAGGAGAGGGAGGCGGCCCUGGCGGAGAAGAAGAUUGGGCAGAUGGCGCGCGGUAUGAGCGUCCGGCAGAUUCAGAAACAAAAGGAUGCCGACGCCUGGGAGACAAACCGGAUGCUCACCUCAGGCGUGGCGCAAAGGAGAGACUUGGGACAGGACUUUGAGGAUGACCAGGAAGGCACCAGAGUGCAUCUCCUAGUGCACGACUUACGACCUCCUUUUCUGGAUGGACGAACCAUCUUCACAAAGCAGUUGGAUCCAGUCCCUGCUGUGCGAGAUUCUCAAAGCGAUAUGGCUAUCUUCGCUCGAAAAGGAAGUAAGGUGGUCAGGGAAAGGAGGACACAAAGGGAGCGUCAAAGACAGGCGCAGGAGGCUACCAAGGUGGCAGGAACUGCACUAGGCAACCUGAUGGGAGUCAAGGAGGAAGAUACCGACAGCGCCUUGCCUAUCGCUGUGGAGGAGGAGGCCGGCAAAAGCAAAAAGAUGAACAAGUUCAGUGAACACAUGAAGGAGAACGAGGGUGCCAGCAAUUUCAGCCAAAGCAAGUCCCUGAAGGAACAACGCGAAUUCCUUCCUGCCUUUGCUGUACGGGAGGACCUGCUGCGUGUGAUCCGUGACAAUCAGGUUGUCAUUCUUACCCAGUUUCUCUACGAGGACGGCUACGGCAAGACGGGCAUGAUCGGCUGCACUCAGCCCAGGAGAGUCGCGGCCAUGAGUGUAGCGAAGCGUGUUGCUGAGGAGAUGGAGGUGAAACUGGGCAGCACGGAUACGGUCAUCAAGUACAUGACGGAUGACCUGGACCGCUACUCAUGCGUUAUCAUGGACGAAGCUCAUGAAAGAGCCCUCAACACUGAUAGACGCCGCGACUUGAAGCUGAUUGUCACGUCUGCGACGAUGAAUGCAAAGCGGUUUUCAGACUUCUAUGGUGGUGCACCCGAGUUUACUAUUCCCGGAAGAACCUUCCCUGUCGACAUCAUGUUCCAUCGGUCACCUGUCGAAGAUUACGUGGACCAGGCUGUGCAGCAAGUUCUGGCGAUUCACGUAGGAAAACCAGCAGGCGAUAUCCUCGUUUUCAUGACCGGCCAGGAAGAUAUCGAGGUGACCUGCGAACUCAUCCGCGAGCGGCUCGAUGCCCUCAACGACCCACCGAAACUCAGUAUCCUUCCCAUCUACAGUCAGAUGCCCGCAGACUUACAGGCCAAGAUUUUCGACAGGGCCGCUCCGGGUGUCCGAAAGGUCAUCGUGGCCACGAAUAUCGCAGAAACCAGUUUGACGGUGGAUGGUAUUAUGUACGUGGUUGAUGCAGGCUAUUCAAAGCUCAAGGUAUACAAUCCACGAAUGGGUAUGGAUACCCUUCAAAUUACGCCUAUCUCGCAAGCAAACGCCAUGCAGCGCGCUGGUCGUGCGGGUCGCACUGGGCCUGGCCAAGCCUAUCAUCUCUUCACCGAGAAAGCCUUCAAAGAGGAGAUGUACAUGCAAACCAUUCCGGAGAUUCAGAGAACGAAUCUUAGCAAUACCGUUCUACUCCUCAAGUCGCUCGGUGUUAAAGACCUCCUUGAUUUCGACUUUAUGGACCCGCCACCUCAGGAUACCAUCAGUACAUCUCUCUUCGAUUUGUGGGCGUUGGGAGCACUGGACAACCUAGGUGAGCUCACCGACUUGGGACGGAAGAUGAACGCGUUCCCGAUGGACCCACCCCUUGCAAAACUGCUCAUCACCUCGGAGGAGUAUGGGUGCAGCGAGGAAAUGGUCACCAUCGUUUCGAUGCUUUCUGUUCCCAACGAGUCAGAUGCGGCUCGCGAGAAGUUCUUUGUGCCAGAAUCAGACCACUUGACCUAUCUGCACGUUUACACACAAUGGAAGGCCAACGGGUAUAACGACGGUUGGUGCGUGCGACACUUUUUGCACUCCAAAUCUCUCCGUCGUGCCAAGGAAAUGCAGAACAUGAAGAUGAUGAGUUGUGGCACCGACUGGGAUGCAGCAAAGGUCAAGGGCAUUGGGGAGUAUAUCAACUUGAGGACCAGUGUCACCGUCCAAUUGCAUCCGACAAACUACGUGUACAUGUCGACGGUGACAUCGGUGGACCCCCACUGGUUGGCGGAUCUCGGUGGUGUGUUUUAUUCGAAGAGGAUCACAGAGACGGAGUUCAACAGGAAAAUGGAGAUUGAGGCGCGGAUGGCAGCGGACAAGAAGCGGCAAGAGGAUCAGCUGCAAGAAGAAGAGCUUCAGCUUGAGAAGAAGGCGGCCCCGUCCAAGGACAAGAGGGUGGUUAAAGCGGGUGCCGUGGUGAAGCCAGUCAGGAAACGUGCUGGAAGGGGAUUCUAG